AUGCCUUCCUUCGCUCAGAUUGCAGCUUUCACCGCUGCAGCAGCUCCUGCCCUCGUUUCGGCCCACGGCUACGUGUCUGGCGUCGUUUCUGGCGGUCAAUGGUACUCGGGCACCUCACCAUCGUGGAUUUACCAAGCUGCCAAGCCAGAGACUGCUGGCUGGUAUGCCAACAACCAGGACAAUGGUUUCGUUGAGCCCGCAUCUUUUGGGGGACCCGAUGUCAUCUGCCACAAGAAUGCUACUCCCGGCUUGAGCAGCAUCCCAGUUGCUGCUGGCUCCAGCAUCGAUUUCCAGUGGAACACUUGGCCUGAAUCCCACCAUGGUCCUGUCAUCACCUACCUCGCACCUGUUGCUGGCGAGUUCGCCGAUGUUGCAAAGGCCGAUCUCAGCUUCGUCAAAAUUCAGGCCGAUGGUCUGAAUGAUGGUACCACUGCUCCGGGCGUCUGGGCCAGCGAUGACAUGAUGGCCAACAACCUCACCUCGACGGUGGCCAUUCCAUCCGAUAUCGCACCGGGCAACUACAUCAUUCGCCACGAGAUUAUUGCCUUGCACUCUGCUGGCCAGGAGAACGGUGCUCAAUCCUACCCACAAUGUCUCAACAUCGUCGUCACCAGCUCCGGCUCUGCCACUCCCGAAGGCACCCUCGGCACCGCCCUAUACACUUCCACCGACCCCGGAAUUGUCACCAACAUUUACACUUCGCCCGUCACCUACGAAAUGCCCGGUCCGGCUCUGUACGCGGGAGCGGGCUCUCCUUCG